GCAAUGGACUAUCAGCUUCCGUUUUUUACUUUUUUUCACCGCCGGAUUGAAAUAAUGGCCGUAACGUGUAGUGUUAAGCUUCGUAAACGGCCUAAAAUGACAUUAUAGUAUAUCUUACAUCUGAAAGUGGAGAUGAAGCCUUAUACCGGCGUCGUUAGACCUAAACUGAUGCCACUGCCAACUGAAGCUCCUCUGAUAAUACAGGACAUUACAGACGCGCGACCCAGUUAUCCUUCAAACUACAUCUCCAGCCCUCCUCCAGUGUCUGGAUGCUCCACAGCUGCUCAAUCCAGGCCGAAUGUCUUCUCAGCAAGACAGAAAUACCCAUGCAGUCCGAGCGUUGUAGAUUCAAGGGAUCUAAAGCCUCACAGUGUCAGCUCUAUUACUGAAGGGCCUCUGCUUCCAUUGUUAGCCAAAAAUCGCUCAGCUGUCACCAAACGUACCUCACAAAACCAUGUGUCUGACAGUGAUAUUUCUGACCGUCAUUUCUUAUUUGAUAAACGAUGGAGAAAUGGAACUUAUAUCACUAAUGGUAUUGAAGAUGAUGUUCUGAUGAACCAUAACCCUACAAAUCCAGUCUCUCAGGAGUUCCAUGUUUAUCGCUCUCAUAAUUUAACCAGAUUUGCCCACCGCAAAGAACUCUGCCCACGCGACCCAAGACCGCUUAUUUGCGGGUCUGAUUAUCUGACCUCAUUUCCAUCAGUUCUGUUACCAGCCACUACCCCAUCUAUCAGUGGACAACUCUGUUUAUCACAAAACUAUAGAAACAGAUUAAGGAUGAAAAACAGAGCGCAUAAUCUCUUCUCUGAUGGUGCUAACAACAAAACCUGUGGGCCGGUAAUUGUUUUUCAGCCCAGUCAUACCCUGAUCCACACCUGGGUGCCACGGCCUCAUUUGUUCAGAGGCUCACAGAGAUUUCCUCUCUGGAAGCAGAGACAGUCCGGCAGGAGAGAAUGAAGAGACUCAAAAAGAUCAACAGGCAGGAUUCUUAAUCAGAGUUCUUUAGCCAAAGAGGAAACACUUGACUCCUGAAAUCACAACCGUGCCAAGAUGGAGUAAAUAAUGUCAAGGAGAAAAACCUGAGAGGUACAGAGUCUUGAAGCGCAGCCACUAGAUGAUAACGGAAAAAAAAGAAACCAAAGACUGUAGCAAGCAUUUACAUUUCUGAUGUAAAACUAUCAGGGAUUGUUGAAUUUAAAAUCAAAUUCACAUUAAAGUGUAUCGUGUAUUCGCCAAGAAUAACUGCCUUAACAUUGCCUUAAACUACAGUGAUGAUGAAAUUAUAGCACUUAUAUAUGAUUUCUAUGUCAUGUUGCAUAUAUAAGAAACUUUAUGCUUUGUUUACUGCCUUUAACUUUAAGUAAAUAUGAUCAUAUCCAAAAAACAUAUUUUUGUCAAAGAAACAGUUUGCUUCAACGUUAUCUAAAAGUUAAGAACUGCAUUAUUAAAUAGUA